UAACGGCUGCCAGCCCCUGGGCUGGGUACCUGCCCUCUCGAGCUUGUGUCCUGGGGCUGUGUGCUCAGACCUGACCAUGUUUGGGCAUGGAGGCCCGUCUCAGACGAGAACCAAAGGCUGCUUCCCCAGAGACGGGCUGGGAGCCCAAACUUCCUGCUGCAGCUCAGGCAGCCUCUCUGGGGUGGGGGCUGGGGACCAGGCAGAAAAGGGUCUGCCGAAGACUCGCAGGGCACCCAGGAGACUAAAUGUCUGCUGUCCCCAGUGGCCAUGGGAAAGAAGCUGGUGAUGGCCCAGAAGCGGGGAGAGACUCGAGCCCUCUGCCUGGGAGUGGCCAUGGUAGUGGGCGCUGUCAUCACCUACUACAUCCUAGGCACAACUGUGCUGCCCCUCUAUCAGAAAAGCGUGUGGACCCAGGAAUCCACGUGUCACCUGAUUGAGACCACCAUCAGGGACCAGGAGGAGCUGGAGGGCAAGAGGGUGCCCCAGUACCCAUGCCUGUGGGUCAACGUGUCGGCCGUGGGCCGCUGGGCCGUGCUGUACCACACGGAGGACACCCGGGACCAGAACCAGCAGUGCUCCUACAUCCCAAGCAGCCUGGACAGCUACCAAGUGGCCCGGGCCGACGUGGAGGAGGUCAGAGCCAGGUUCCACGAGCACCAGGACUUCUUCUGCUUCGCCACGACUCGGGAGAACGAGAGCAGCGUCCUGUACCGGCGCCUCUACGGGCCCCAGAGCCUCCUCUUCUCGCUCUUCUGGCCCACCUUCCUGCUGACCGGCGGCCUGCUCAUUAUCGUCAUGGUGAAGAUCAACCAGUCCCUGUCCAUCCUGGCGGCCCAGAGGACCCAGGGGAACUGAAGGUCAAACCGUGAUGGUUCUCCAUCGCUGACCCCACUCAACUGACUCCAAUCUGUUUUCUGCUCUUCCACUGUCCACUGGACUGAUGCCAAUGGCUCUCACUUCUGCGCCUGUGUCUCAGAGGUUGUCCCAAAGACCUGCUGGUCCCUCCUAGGAAGCGCUCCCUGACAAGCCUCCAUUCCUUCUUUGAAUUCCAAAGUGAAAACAGCACACUCAUUAGUGGGACAUUGCUUGUUUUCAGCAUUCUCAGAUCUGUAUACUUUCUCAUGCCAAUAUUAACAAAUAUAGGGACAAACUUCCAGUCUUAAAGUCGUGGGGAUAUAACUACAACAUGGUGACAAUAAUUAGUAAUACUUUCCUGCAUAUUUGAAAGUUGCUAAGAGAGUAGAUCUUAAAAGCUCUCAUUACAAGA